CCAUUGGCCGCGCCGCGCCGCCCUCGUCUCCGCCCCCACCGCGCUCGCCAGCCCGCGGAGCCGCUCCCGUCCCGUCCCCGCUGAGGGAGCCGCCGCCGCCGCCGCCGCCGCCGCCGCCAUGUACCGCUGCCUGGGGGAGCUGCUGGCGCCCGCCCGCGCCGCCGCCUCGGCCUCCGCCUCGGCCGCCUCUCCCGUGCUGUCGGGCGCGGAGCCCUGCUUGGGGGCGGGCGGCCUGCCGGCGGGGGGCGCGGGCGGCGGGCGGCGGCGCUACUGCCAGGCGGCGGAGCGGGUGGACGACCCGAACUUCUUCAAGAUGGUGGAGGGCUUCUUCGACCGCGGCGCCGGCAUCGUGGAGGACCAGCUGGUGGCCGGGCUGCGCACCCGCGAGAGCGCCGAGGAGAAGCGGCACCGCGUGCGCGGCAUCCUGCGCAUCAUCAAGCCCUGCAACCACGUGCUCAGCGUCUCCUUCCCCAUCAAGCGCGACAACGGCGAGUGGGAGGUGGUCGACGGCUACCGCGCCCAGCACAGCCAGCACCGCACGCCCUGCAAGGGAGGCAUUCGCUACAGCACAGAUGUGAGUGUGGAUGAAGUGAAGGCCUUAGCUUCUUUAAUGACCUAUAAAUGUGCGGUGGUUGAUGUGCCAUUUGGCGGUGCAAAGGCUGGUGUUAAGAUCAAUCCUAGGAAUUAUACAGAUAAUGAGUUGGAAAAAAUCACAAGACGAUUUACCAUAGAACUAGCAAAGAAGGGCUUUAUUGGGCCUGGGGUUGAUGUGCCUGCCCCUGACAUGAGCACGGGUGAGAGGGAGAUGUCCUGGAUUGCAGACACCUACGCCAACACCAUAGGCCACUACGAUAUCAAUGCCCACGCCUGCGUCACUGGGAAACCGAUCAGCCAAGGGGGCAUCCACGGACGUAUCUCUGCCACAGGCCGUGGCGUCUUCCAUGGAAUCGAGAACUUCAUUAAUGAAGCCUCCUAUAUGAGCCUCUUGGGAAUGACUCCAGGAUUUGGAGAUAAGACAUUUGCUAUCCAGGGAUUUGGCAACGUGGGUCUGCAUUCUAUGAGGUAUUUGCAUCGGUAUGGUGCAAAAUGUGUUGCCAUCGGGGAAAAGGAUGGUGCUAUUUGGAAUCCAGAUGGACUUGACCCAAAAGAGCUGGAAGAUUACAAAUUGCAACAUGGAUCAAUUCUCACCUACCCCAAGGCACAAGCCCUGGACUGCCACAUCCUGGAAGCUGACUGUGACAUCCUCAUCCCGGCUGCCAGCGAAAAACAGUUAACAAAAGCCAAUGCUCACAAGGUCAAAGCAAAAAUUAUUGCUGAAGGUGCGAAUGGACCCACAACUCCUGAGGCAGAUAAAAUCUUCUUGGAACGGAACAUCAUGGUUAUUCCAGAUCUGUAUUUAAAUGCUGGCGGUGUGACAGUGUCUUAUUUUGAGUGGCUGAAGAACCUGAACCAUGUCAGCUACGGUCGCUUGACAUUCAAAUAUGAGAGAGACUCGAACUACCACUUGCUCAUGUCAGUCCAAGAAAGCUUGGAAAGAAAAUUUGGGAAACAUGGUGGGACUAUUCCAGUUGUGCCUACUGCUGAAUUCCAGGAUAGGAUAUCUGGUGCAUCUGAAAAAGACAUUGUUCACUCUGGCUUGGCCUACACCAUGGAGCGUUCGGCCAGGCAAAUCAUGCGUACUGCCAUGAAGUACAAUCUAGGUCUGGACCUAAGGACAGCUGCCUAUGUCAAUGCAAUUGAGAAAGUCUUCAAGGUGUACAAUGAAGCUGGUGUGACCUUCACAUGAACGGACAGUUACCCUCCUCAGUCUGGCACCCUGUUCUAUAUCCUCUUCAGAAAGCUUAACACAAGUUUACAUAACCACAUAAAUCCUUUUCCUUUUUCUCACUUACUUAUAAUGGAUAUGAUUUUCAAUUAGCUUUGGUAAGAACUAGUAUUUUUAUAAUAAAAGGACAAAACGUGGAUUUAGAACUUCAUGCUGAGACGUAUCUAAAGAUAAUCUGUUAAUCUGCAUAUUGGGGAGUGGGGAGGAAGGUUGGAGUAUUUUCCAUCUUGAAAUUUUAAAAGGCACCUUUGUAUUGUGAGAGCCUAGGGUCUUGCCACAGAAACAACUUAGCAAAGCCUCAGACUGGAGCAAACAGCAAACUGUUCAUGCAGUUUGGUCGCAUCGGAUGUAUCUCGUCUAGAUUUGGCACUUUCUGAGUGAAGACCUUGUAGGGUCAAUGUGGUGGCAUUAUCAAAGAAAGAACAAGGCCUCCUGCAGGGAAUAAAUGAUAGGAUUCUAAUUUUUAUACAUAACAGAGCCAUAGGCCUGGUUCUCUUUGGCAAUUAUGUGGGUGUCCCCCCCCCCCUUUUAUAAUCUGUGCACUUGUUGGACUGCCUUUAAAUCAUGUACUGAGUCUCAGUUCGACUCAUGUGCUACAUUGGUGUGCACAUAGGCAAUGGGUUGUAAGAGCUAAUGCUUUUCUAAGCUGGAACGGUAUUGUGGAGGCACCCAAUGGAUUGACCUCUUGUGUUUUAAUUGCAUCUCUGCACAUCCAUUUAGCUUCUUUUUAAAAGAGAACAUGUGUAUUUGAGUAUAACCUUAGGUAGUCCGAAGAGUUUGUGUAACGUUUUACUCUCCUUAGUUAUAUGUUCUCUUAAGGCUUGGUUAGCAUUGGCUGGUGCCUCAAUGAACAAUCAAAGCAAAUGGUUGGCAACGAGGAGUCAGGCUGCUGCUGUGGAUACUUUUGUCUACUGUCUUUAUUGCAUUGACUUUGUUCUUUUCAUUUGGAAGUUUUACGUGGUCUGAACACAGAGUUUAAUAAAGAGGGCCUUGAAGCUCAAGAUUCAGUCGCAAGUGUGCUGGAAGGUUUUGACGAAGUCUCUUGUCUAGAGGACUCCUGUGUCGUUCCAGAUGUAUUUAUGUAAUGGAUAUAAUUUUUUUAAAACAAACCUAAGUCCACCCAGGAACUCAUGCUUUUUUUUCUAGCUACUUUGUAACUCAUGACAUAACCUGGCAAUCUAAGCAAUUAAAACUUGACCUUUCCAAACA